AUGCCAAAGUCUAAAACCAACAAUUCACACAGUACUCUAUGUGUGUUCAUUCUUGAAGAUGCAGUGGAUCUCAACUGGUGUGUGAUCAAAGAUAUGGAGGUCAUCGAGCUGAACAAGCGGGCCUCGGGCCAAGCAUUUGAGGUGAUCCUGAAACCCCCCUCUUUUGACGGCGUGCCUGAGCUUAACACAUCUAUGCCCCAGCGUAAGGACCCCUCUCUGGAGGAGAUCCAGAAGAAACUGGAAGCCGCUGAGGAGAGGCGGAAGUUUCAGGAGGCUGAGAUGUUAAAGCAUCUUGCAGAGAAGAGGGAGCAUGAGAGAGAGGUCAUCCAGAAGGCCUUUGAGGAGAACAACAACUUCAUUAAGUAUGCUAAAGAGAAGUUGGAGCAGAAGAUGGAGGCCAACAAAGAGAACCGCGAGGCUUUGCUUGCCGCCAUGCUGGAGAGACUACAGGAAAAGGUACGAACUAACUGA